GUUCGUAUUUAUGUAUGUGGAAACUGCAAGUCAACCUUUUUCCAAGAAAGUGAUUUGGCUCAACAUAUGACAAGCCAUCAACAAUAUAGAUGCAAUAUAUGCUAUGAUCGACCUUUCAGUUGUGAUGAAUGUGGCAAAAGUUACGUAACCAAAGGCGUAUUGGGGCAACACAAGAUGACCCACAGAGGCCACAAACCUCAUAUUUGUGAGAUCUGUAAUAGAGGAUUUUACAACAAAGGUCAUCUCAACAAACAUCUUCUAAUCCAUAAAGGAGAGCGCCCAUUCCCUUGCAGUUUGUGCAACAAGAAAUUCAGAGCCAAGGGAGAUCGGGAAUCCCAUAUGGUGACCCAUACUAAAGUCAGAAAUUAUGAAUGUACCGAUUGUGGCAAGACAUUUCUACAGAGCAGUCACAGAGCUCAACAUUGGCGCCUACAUCACUCUGGAGAAGAGGCCAGAAUUUAUCAAUGUGACCAGUGUGAGAAGUCUUUCCGAAACCCUGGUAAUUUGAUUCAACACAAAAUGUUCCAUAAAGGUGUUCGAGCACAUAAAUGUACAGAAUGUGACAAAGCCUUUGUUAUGCGUUAUGACUUGAAGAAACAUAUGAGAACACAUACUGGAGAGAAACCAUAUGUAUGCAAUGUAUGUGAUAGAGCCUUUGCUAGAAAAGCCACCAUGGAUGUUCACGUGAAGAAAAUGCACACAGACAAGAAGAAUGCUGGUAUGUUUGUUAAGAAGCCUUAUGGUUGUGACCUCUGCCCUAAGAAGUUCCGUAAGAGGACCUUACUGGGUAAACAUAAGAAGAGGAUACAUGGUGGA